AAAAAAAAAAAAAAAGAAACUCGGGGAGAGCCUCCGGAGAGCACGCAGGGGAACCAGUCGCCGGCCGGCGCGCAGCUUUUUGAGAGCGACCGACCGUUUCCACAGGCUAAAAUCGCACUUGGGAGAAUUUCAAACCGACGCUGAAUCCCAGCCAGCACCGAUACACUACAUCGCCUGAGGUUCGCGCAACGCUGCUAGCCCAUCAGCUUUCCAUUUUUAAGCGAGGUCGGCCCGUUUUCACGUCUUUCAAUCAAGAUGUCGCACACCGUGACGGUGACGAGAAUGACGACCUCGAGCAGCUCGCCGAUGGUGAUCAACACGGGAUACGCCUGUAAUAUCCAAGGAGCCCUCAAGGUCGUCGAAACAGUGAGUGUUGGCCACCGUUUAAGAUUUUGUGCACCUUCGCAGGAGAUCCUGUUCCAUCUGGUGGCGUGCGCCCUGUACCUGGCGGCAAGCAUCACGCUGCUGACCAAAACGCUCGACUAUCACCGCAACUUCCGCGGCGAGCAGUACGACGCCCGCGUAGCGGCAGCCGUUUUCGGCAUCAUGAACGGGGCCCUGUACCUGAUCGGCGCCGUCCUGUCCUUCCGGAUCUUCCGACAGGGCUGACCAUGCUCGUCGGCUCUGGUCGUGGCCCGACUGCCACGAGCUUUUCUUGGCUUUGACGUUAAACGCACUAGCCGCUCUCUGUUCACUCAUACUCAUCUCGGCAUCACUGUUGCAAUGUAUACCCGAGCGUGGCGGAGUCAUUCUCCUCACCGCGUAUGUUUCAUGUAUCGUUUGUGCUUAGAGGCCAGUUUGCGUUGCACGUGUUUGGGCUGCACCGUGUAGAGCGUAUAGCGUCCAUGCAGCACUCGGUGUCGUGUCCUCUUUUCGUGUUCAGUGAUGAACGGGAAAGCUUCCUUGGCUUGCUUCGACUGACUGAGUCGCUCGCACACGCACGCACACAGACCAUGCUGUGUUUCGGUGUUCACUGCCAGUCACAAAUUUUGGUGCAGACGAGAACCGAGAAGUCAUUACGAAUGCAUCUUUGAAAAGUCUGCUACCUGGCGAUCUUCGGUUUCGCCACAGGCCUAGAUGCCAGAGCAUUCUUCGCUCCCUGGAGCUUAAAGAGUGCCAAAGUUGUACGCUCUGUACUAAUUGCCCAAUCAGGUAGACAUCGUUAGAGGCUCAUACACAAGUGUCAAUUACAUUGUUAUACGCAUUUCUGUAAGAGCACAAAGGGAUGGAAUAGCUGGUGUACUCUAUCAGAAGGAAAACCCAAGUAAUAUAAUGCCCGCUGCAGGGCAACAUGCAAUAAGAGAAUAGACUCACACACGAACGCAGGAAAGUUUAAGAUUUACUUGUCACGCAGAGGUCAUCAGUACGGUCUCCGCCGGUAGGGCCUCUGCUAUUUUCUGUAGCAGUCCUAUUUGAUUUUAGUAUCGGCUUUAUUGACAUGCACUAUGAAAAAGAAAACUCCUUAAUACGCUUACGAUCUCUUUGUUGCUAUUUACUUUUAGUGCAAGCAAAGGGCAAAACUCCGCCAAAAAGAUCGUAAAAAGACACCCUGUGUUUAUGCAGAUUAUGUUUAGAAAAAAAGAAAAGAAAGCUGUCCACAAACUCUGGGGCAGAGUUUUCGGCCAUUUUGUCCCUCAAGUUCCGAUCACACCGUUUUUCAGUUACGCUCACGGCACUUCGCACUUAAGUGAAGGACAAAGCGCUCAUUUCUGAAGUGUUGUGGGCCCGCCUGACAGUUAGUUUUGAAAAUGCGUUCAUCGGAGACAAUGGCAAUUACCCACCAGGAGAUAACGAACGCAAUUCCGGACGUUCUCGUAUCUCUGGCAUGCAGUGACAGCGACUCACGUGGUAACAGGGGUGUGAACGCAGCUUCUGCUGCUGCGCAAAAUGCGAAUGAGAUCUACAUUUGUUAAUUCUUGUUGUUGUUGUUGUUAUUCUUUUCGUCAAAUGAUUUUGUCUUGAAAGCCGGCUCGGCACGUGCCUAAAACUGUUCUCUUACGUUGUUCACGGAAGCAAAAUAUACCGCAUUUCGUGCCUUCUGCCAUGUGACAUCCUGCAAAAGAACUUUACGGAGCACUCGUUUGGCAACUGAACUGCCUUCUCCAUUCAUCUCGACCACGUAAAGCUUUUUGCGCUUGUUGUUUGCGACUUUCUGUAGACAAAUCAUGACGCUCCAGUACUUGCCGUUGGUCAAAAUCCGUCCACACGUGAAGCACUGCCUAAUUGGAGGAGACAUUCAAUGUGCCGGUUGUAACUUUUAUAGGACACGUUUAUCCUGCUUGUGUUUUCUGUGCACGGCCUGUUGGUUAUGUUAUAGGAUGUUCUGUGUCCUUAGGAUCAGCCGGCGCAGUUUAGAUGUGGUCGUACAGACUGAAAUGAAAUGAUUUAAGGUAUUCACGUUAGGCAUUUUUGUGGUAUUCAGACGCAUUGUAAUUGCCCGUGCAAUUUCCCGCGUUUAUAAUGCGUCUGCCUUUUUCCCCAAGUGUGCUCUGAAAAUGUUUGGGUGAUGGUUUGUCGAACUUUUCAGUUUUCGCUCACUUGAGAAAAAGUUUAUGUCGCUAUAUAAGAUGCGGCGUUUGAAUUUAUUCUGAGAAAUGAGAACGGCAUGAACACUGCUGUUGGGGUCACUUUCAGCGCAUAGUCUCUGUCAGCCUCAGGAGCGUAAUUUAUUACUGGUAUUUCUGCGUCGUAGAUAAAGAAAAAAUGCAAUUAUGAGGACUCGCCCAUACGUUGAAUAAAAUGUGUAACAGCCCACAGGAAACCAACUAUAGCAGCUAGCAAGUUAUUGAUGCCGCGGGCGUAAAAAUUAGGGAGAGAAAGAGAGAGGGAGACCACACUAGACAUUGGUAUGGCCGUUCUCAACAUGAAUGCAAUAUCAAAACAAAUGGAUAUAAGACGGAUUUUUUUUCGGAAAAAAAAUUGUUACCCACGUUUUAAAGUCGUUUUUCGUCGCGUAUGAAAACGUGAAGAACCCAUUUAACGUCUUCGAUGUACAAACCUCAAUUUGAAGAGAGAGUAAUAAAUGUAGCUCAUGGCGACCGCACUCUGCGUUGAAAACAAGCAGAUCGACACUCUUUGGAGAAGCGAACUUGGACAAUCGGAAUGCGCCUAUCCAUAAAAUUAUCUCCAGAAACGUGUUCAGUACUUCGGCGGCAGUUUAUUACAGCUGUGAUUAAAACCGACGAACGCAGUCCCAAUAUUCUGCGCAAUAAGCCUUUUAAUGUGCUCUAGUUUUAGAAGUCGCUGUGUUGUAAGUUUUCGCCCCAUCCCGCUUUUACAUUUCUCCUUCCCAUCGCCACCAUCGUCGCGGCAGAAAAAAAAAAAAAAGCGCGCUGGCCAUAUAUGUAUUCUUCUUUUCUUUUUUUAUGUAGCUAACAGUAACCGACGUAUACUAGCACCCGCACACUACCGGGUGCAACCACUGUACAAGCUUUCGUCGACUUCUCAUGUAUCGCCGAUGUGCCUAAUAAACUUCGACGUGUUAUCUGCC